AUGAAAAUGGCCUCACGUCUCUCACACUUCCCCCUCCUCACCCCAGUCCAGCCCGUGGUCACCAUCUCCCCCACCAAGGAUGACCCCCUCUCCCCCUGCACCCUGCUGCUCUGCACUGUGGCCAGUUUCUAUCUCCGGGAGAUCGAGAUCCAGUGGCUGAAGAACAGCCAGGAUGUGACGGAGGUGGUCUUCUAUGGAGAGGAGCUCCACAAUGGGGACUGGACGCACAAGACCCAGGUGAUGCUGGAGGACACCCCGCAGCGUGGAGACGUCUACACCUGCCAGAGCUGCGGAUUCAACAUCUGCCAGGAGCAAAGUGUGGAUGGGGUUCGUGGUGGCCCUGCUGGGAGUGGUCAUUGGAUCUGUAGGGCUCUCUGCCUACUUGAGUAGCAAGAAAGUUAAGGGGGUACCAGAGGGGACCUCA